AUGUGUGAGUCCCGUCACCUCACAUCCCCACUCCCCUUCCAAAUGGAGGCGCGACGGGCGCUGCUGUAUGCGCGCAACUAUUUGCCGCACUCAGACUCGCUGUCGUUUGUGCUGAGUCGCCUCCUGCUUGUUCUUCUCGCUGACGGCGAUUUUGAUGGCAUCCUCGCAUACGCCCCGCGCCACCGCGAGCUCCUCAGCACACAGUUCAACGAGAGUGCGAAUGUCACUAUGCUGUGCUGUACAGGGCUGGCGUACAUGCACAGGAAGCAGUACAGGGACGCUGCAAACGCCUUUUUGAAGCUCACCCUCAACGACCAGUUUGAGGAAGUCAUGCUGCUGAGUCCGAGCAACGUGGCGACGUACGCGACCCUGUGCUGUCUUGCGUCCAUGAGCCGUGACGACAUCAAGGACAACCUCAUCCUCAACGCGGAGUUUCAGUCGUUUUUGGAGGCGAGCGGGCUCGUGCGCACGCUUGCGCAGUGCUUCCACGCAUCCAAGUUCAAGAAGUGCCAAGAGCUCAUCACAAACUUGAAGAACGACUUGUAUGCGGACUUGUAUCUGUUUCCGUGCGUGGAUCAUCUCCUCGGCCAGAUCAGGAUCCGCGCCUUCAACCAGUAUUUCUCGCCAUUCAAGAACGUGACACUGUCUGCCAUGGCCGCUGCUUUCGACACCACCACGGAGGCAUUGGAAGACGAGCUUGCGCGCGUCAUUGCUGACGACCAGCUGAGCGCCCGCAUCGACAGCGACCGCAAGGUGCUGUGUGCUGUUGAGAGAGAUCCUCGCCAGCACGCUGUUGAUCGUGGCAUCCAAGUGAUGCAGCGCUUCCAACGCACAGCGGAGGCGCUGCUGCUGAAUGCAGCUGUGUUGCAGAACAAGCUGCAUAACGCCAACCCCAGCAACAGCUCGGCCACCGCGGCAACAGCGACACACGGCGGUGCUUCAAGGGUGGCGCGGGCACGCGCGCGGGACGCAUCUGAUGGCUAUUGACACACGCGCAUGCGCGUGCAGGGCGGCGGCGGCGGUGAUGAUGACGUUGCGGUUUGAUGCGUGGUGGUCGAUAUGCUGGGCGCCGACCUCACGCGUCGACACUGCCUGUGUUGUUGUUGUUGUUGUUGGUGUUCUUCAACGAGCAAGUAAAUGAUUGGUUGAUUGG